GCUGGCAGUUCAGCUGGCAAUGUGGCUGAAUCCUUUGUGACUGCAAUUAAUAAUCAUCAAAAGUCAAAUCCUUCAAUUUGUGAUGUCCGAAUCAUCAUAUUUCAACCUGACAUGCUUCAGUCAUUCACUAACACAAUUCAAAAAGCACUGGAACAAAAGUCUGGCAAACCUGGGUUUUGGCAUACUUUUAAAGACUACUUUGGCUAUGGCUCUAAACAUGGAGAAGCUGCCCAACCAUCUGCUUCAGAAGAAAGUUCUGAGGUUCCUCUGUAUUACUUCUCUGAUGACUAUACAAGCAUUGAUAGAUGCAUUCAGGCAGUAGAAAGUUACUGUAGGGAUGAGACCAUGAAGAAAGUAAUUGCAGAUGAAGCUUUGGAACAUUUAAGUCAAUCACAGAUACAAACGGUUAACAAUCUUGAGAAUGAUUUUCAAGUGAGAGUGACAUUCCAGCAACACCUUGGACAACUCACCAUAGAAGGAAUACAACAGGAUGUCUAUAAUGCCCAUGAGGUAGCACAAAAACUUCUAAGAGAGGUCGACCGUUUGGAGCUAGAGCGUGACAAGGCUCAGAUUCUUUCAAACAUGGUUCAGUGGCAUUUUGUUGAAAUUGAUGACCAGGGACAAGAACAACAAACACCAUAUGAUAAAGAAAUAAAUGGAAUUAUUGAGAAAGCCUAUUGUGAUAAGUUAUCUACAGUCACUUUGUCAGCUGGAAGGUCUAAAUACAUCAUAGACUUCAAUACUAUGGAAGAAUAUCCUGCUGGUAAUAAAACGGACAGUGUCAAAGUUGUCCGCAAGGAUCUCCUCAAAGAAUCAGAUUCUCCAUUUGAAUUGCCAAGCAACUGGACUGCAAUGGGACAGGAUGAAGACCUGAAGGUGGUCACACUGCAGGCUACAGAUGGUGAUUACCAGACUGUUUCUCAGAGCUUCAUCACUGCAGUUCAUAACCCAAAUAUAAAUAUAAUCAAGAUUGAACGGAUACAGAAUAAGACCUUGUAUCAGCAGUAUGUGGCUAAGAAAAAACAAAUAUCAAAACAACGUAGUCAGCCACCUGAGAGGAAACUGUGGCAUGGAACCAGUGCUGAUGCUAUAGUUUCUCUUAACACACAUGGAUUUAACAGAAGUUACUGUGGAAAAAACGCCACUGCAUAUGGUGAUGGUGUAUACUUUGCAGUUGAUGCAAGGUAUUCUUUAUCCAAUACCUAUUCAAGACCAGAUGCACAAGGCCAUAAGCACAUGUACUAUGCCUCCGUUCUCACUGGUGAUUUCAUAACGGGUCAACAUGGUAUGAGAGUUCCACCUGCAAAGAGCAUAACCCAGUUGUACGAUUCUGUUGUUGAUAAUGCUAAUACUCCGGGAAUGUUCAUCAUUUUCAAUGACACACAAGCAUACCCAGAUUAUCUUAUAACAUUCAGUGUUUGAAAACUGAAAGUACGUGUACACUGAAAUGCCAAUGAACGACCACCUUGGUUCUAACACCCCCCCCCCCCCACUAUCUAACACCCCCCCCACUCACACACACACACACACACACACUAUAAAGGCCAAUAUUUUAAAGAUCAGAAUAUUUCCUUAUUAUUUUUUAGUAUAAAUAUUCCGUUACUAAGACCACCCAACUAUUUCGGAUUACGGCCAGUGCGGUCAGACGUACAUGUAUUGGUUGUUUUUGUGCAUUUGGACCACAAACAUGACCACUGCAUUGUAAACCUGAUAUGUCGUAAAAAGGAAAAACAAUAAUUAAUGUGGUGAAAAUACUUGCCUCAUGUGCUGCUCAAACAAGUUAUAAAUUAGUAUUGUGUUUAUUCACUUCAAAGUAUUACUUUAAUAUUAGCAGCCAAUAAAUUGGCAUGAUUGACAGGGUUAAUUUCUUGAAUGUACAUGUACGUCUUUUGAUUGUACAACUUGCACAUGAUAAUGUUGAAAAGUGACAGCUGCAUAAUAACAGUUGUACAGAGUAAGACGACUUUAAGAAAGAAAAUGCCUUGCUAUUUUAGUAGUUUAUUUUUCAAAUAGACACAAUGAAGCUGCAAACAGUUCGGUGACCCAUAAUUCACAGGAUUUUAUUACCCGUAUGUUUGGUAUGUUUGCGGCAGUGGACACCUCCAAACCCUGGGAGUGCAUACUUUGACAAGACAGUUGUUAAUCUCUACUGUGUAAUAUCUAAGAAAAUAAUGGGCUCAGGCUAACCCUGUUAUUAAGACCAAAUUUUUUAAGUCCCAUGGAUGGCCGUAAUAGCAGAGUUUCACUGUCCAUGAAAUUAUCUUCCAAAAGUGAAUAAUUACUGUGAAUGAUCAUGUAAGAUAAACAGCUAAUUGUCUACAUGUAUAAUGGCAUUUCCUUAAUUAUUGUACAAGUGAUAAAAUGGCAAAACCUCCUUUUUUAAAUUAUCUAGUUAGAACAUUAUAGACUUUCAUUCCAAAGUGUACAUCUGUAAGUAUAACUAUGAUAAUUAAUUGCAGUUUUGAUGUCACGUAUUGGUACUGGUUGAUGUGAAGGUAGUGGUUUUGAUUCUUGUAUACUGUUACUUACUUAGCUAGGGUAAAGAUCACAUCUACUACAAAUAUUGUGCUGGAUCACAGUGAGGUGAGCACAUAAUAUUAUGCUUUUCUUUUGUGUGUUUGUUUUAUGCACUUAUUCUAUAUUGAACACCAUUUAUCUUGUGGAAAAUAUUAAAAGCAACUUCUGUUUGCAUGUAUGUGAUGGUACUUUGAAACAGUUUCUGGUGUUGAAUAAGCUGUUUUUACAGAAUGUUAUAGAUCAUGUAGUGAUUGUAUUUUCAGUAGACAUGUAUAUAUAUAUAUAUACAGUGGAACCUCGUCUGGACUCCAUUACUCCGGAAACCUCACCUUACGGACGGUUUUAUCACAAAACAAAACGACCACCCAGUAAAGUUAUUCGUUAAUCCGGAUAUUCAGCUUCCGGAACCGGACGGUCAUAAUUCUGAACCAAAUGUAAAAAGUAAAGGCAAAUUGCUUCGUUUGACUGGUCGCCGCUGAUUGAACAUAAAAGUAAUCUGCCAAUUAACGCUCAAGGAAUCGACAGAGAUAAAAUGGCUGCACGGGGUUUCACACCGCAGUUUAUUUAACCAUUCACCUGUGUCUAUUUAGUGUUAGUCAGAUAGAGCACAAGUGUUCACAAGUGUUUGAUGUUUUUAAAAAUAUGAUUUCUUUAUUCUAUGACCAGACUGGCUGUUUUAUUUUAUAAAAAAAAAGAAGAGUAUUUUAUUUUUAAAAGUGGGUAACUCUUGAUCAUACCCUUAGGUACCCCAUGACCUCGUUUUGUAACUACCCUCCUAACUUACCUGUAUGAUUUAUUACUGAAUACUGUUCAUAUUUGUUUUGGUGUCCAACUCAAGAGUAUUGCCAGUCACCCAAAAUAAAGACGAAGGAAACAUC